AUGAUAAGUGAGGGCGAUGUUGACAAGAGCAGUAACUCCGGAGGAGUGAGAGCAGUCUGGGUGAUAAGUGAGGGUGAUGCUGACAAGAGGAGUAACCCCAGCGGAGUGGGAGCAGGCUGGAUGAUAAGUGAGGAUAGUGCUGACAAGAGGAGAAAGGCCGGAGGAGUGGGAGCAGGCUGGAUGAUAAGUGAGGGUGGUGCUGACAAGAGGAGAAAGGCCGGAGGAGUGGGAGCAGGCUGGAUGAUAAGUGAGGGUGGUGCUGACAAGAGGAGAAAGGCCGGAGGAGUGGGAUCAGGCUGGAUGAUAAGUGAGGGUGGUGCCGACAAGAGCAGUAACUCCGGAGUAGUGGGAGCAGGCUGGAUGAUGACUGGGGGUGGUGCUGACAAGAGGAGAAAGGCCGGAGGAGUGGGAGCAGGCUGGAUGAUAAGUGAGGGUGGUGCUGACAAGAGGAGAAAGGCCGGAGGAGUGGGAUCAGGCUGGAUGAUAAGUGAGGGUGGUGCCGACAAGAGCAGUAACUCCGGAGUAGUGGGAGCAGGCUGGAUGAUGACUGGGGGUGGUGCUGACAAGAGGAGAAAGGCCGGAGGAGUGGGAGUAGGCUGGAUGAUGAGUUGGGGCAGUACUGACAAGAGCAGUAACCUCGGAGGAGUUAGAGCAGGCCGGAUGAUAAGUGGGGGUGGGGCUGACAAGAGGAGAAAGGCCGGAGGGGUGGGAGCAGGCUGGAUGAUAAGUGAGGGUGGUGCUGACAAGAGGAGAAAGGCCGGAGGAGUGGGAGCAGGCUGGAUGAUGACUGGGGGUGGUGCUGACAAGAGGAGAAAGGCCGGAGGAGUGGGAGCAGGCUGGAUGAUGAGUUGGGGCAGUGCUGACAAGAGCAGUAACCUCGGAGGAGUUAGAGCAGGCCGGAUGAUAAGUGGGGGUGGUGCUGACAAGAGGAGAAAGGCCGGAGGGGUGGGAGCAGGCUGGAUGAUAAGUGAGGGUGGUGCUGACAAGAGGAGAAAGGCCGGAGGAGUGGGAGCAGGCCGGAUGAUGAGUGGGGGUGAUGCUGACAAGAGGAGAAAGGCCGGAGGAGUGGGAGCAGGCCGGAUGAUGAGUGGGGGUGAUGCUGACAAGAGGAGAAAGGCCGGAGUAGUGGGAGCAGGCUGGAUGAUGACAUGGGGUGGUGCUGACAAGAGGAGAAAGGCCGGAGGAGUGGGAGCAGGCUGGAUGAUGAGUUGGGGCAGUGCUGACAAGAGCAGUAACCUCGGAGGAAUUAGAGCAGGCCGGAUGAUAAGUGAGGGUGGCCCUGACAAGAAGAUUAACUCCGGAGGAGUGAGAGCAGGCUGGAUGAUAAGUGAGGGUGGUGCUGACAAGAGGAGAAAGGCCGGAGGAGUGAGAGCAGGCUGGAUGAUAAGUGAGGGUGGUGCUGACAAGAGGAGAAAGGCCGGAGGAGUGGGAGUAGGCUGGAUGAUGAGUUGGGGCAGUGCUGACAAGAGCAGUAACCUCGGAGGAGUUAGAGCAGGCCGGAUGAUAAGUGAGGGUGGUGCUGACAAGAGGAGAAAGGCCGGAGGAGUGGGAGCAGGCUGGAUGAUGAGUUGGGGCAGUGCUGACAAGAGCAGUAACCUCGGAGGAAUUAGAGCAGGCCGGAUGAUAAGUGAGGGUGGCCCUGACAAGAAGAUUAACUCCGGAGGAGUGAGAGCAGGCUGGAUGAUAAGUGAGGGUGGUGCUGACAAGAGGAGAAAGGCCGGAAGAGUGAGAGCAGGCCGGAUGAUGAGUGGGGGUGAUGCUGACAAGAGGAGAAAGGCCGGAAGAGUGAGAGCAGGCCGGAUGAUGAGUGGGGGUGAUGCUGACAAGAGGAGAAAGGCCGGAAGAGUGAGAGCAGGCCGGAUGAUGAGUGGGGGUGAUGCUGACAAGAGGAGAAAGGCCGGAGGAGUGGGAGCAGGCCGGAUGAUAAGUGAGGGUGGUGCUGACAAGAGGAGAAAGGCCGGAGGAGUGGGAGCAGGCCAGAUGAUGAGUGGGGGUGAUGCUGACAAGAGCAGUAACUCCGGAGGAGUGGGAGCAGGCCAGAUGAUGAGUGGGGGUGAUGCUGACAAGAGGAGUAAGGCCGGAGGAGUGGGAGCAGGCCAGAUGAUGAGUGGAGGUGAUGCUGACAAGAGGAGAAAGGCCGGAGGAGUGGGAGCAGGCCAGAUGAUGAGUGGGGGUGAUGCUGACAAGAGCAGUAACUCCGGAGGAGUGGGAGCAGGCCAGAUGAUGAGUGGGGGUGAUGCUGACAAGAGGAGUAAGGCCGGAGGAGUGGGAGCAGGCCAGAUGAUGAGUGGAGGUGAUGCUGACAAGAGGAGAAAGGCCCUGCACCCUUCAGCUGAUAGGAAGUUUAUAAAAUUACUUUUGACUGAAUAUAAUUUUGAAGACUGGAUUCGGGAAGGAGAUUCUGUCCUAUCAGAAGCAAGAAAACAUCUGUCUAGAAUUACACCAGAUGGCCGGGAAGAGGAAAUUAGGCUAAGCCUGAUACAAAUUUGA